AUGAAUCGCACACCAAACUCGCAAAAUCCAAGCGCUGACGGUUCUUACGAAGUUCAACAAUCUUCGUCACACAUGAAUUCCCAAAUAAAGUCUGAGCAACUAGAUCAAGGAUCACAAAUGUCUCCUUAUCCUCAACAAUCACAACAGUAUCAUUACGGCACUGGGCCCACAUUACAUACCUUUCUAAAAACUGACUCCAAUGAUCUGAUCUCUUCAGGGUACCAAUUGCAUCAACUGACAGAUGCGCAUCAACACCAACCACACCAGCAUCCACAACAACAACUGCAGCUGCAGCAUAUGUACAGGACAUCAUCAAACCCCCAAUAUCAAUACCAGGAACAGCAAAAUCUUCAACCAAUAUUUCAACAACAACAGGGUCAUCAUCGCCUGCAGCAAAGUUAUCAAUUUGACUAUACUCCACCUUUAUCGAUUCAUUCUCAUCCAUCUUCUCGGGCUUCGCAACAACAACGACUUAUGCCGGCAGCAAACGUACCCACAUAUCAACCAUUUAUUCCACAGCCACAACUUCAACAGCAAAUACCACAAGAAGGGACUUCUUCUGCAAAUACAUCUAAUAAAUCACUGUUGCCACAAAAAAGAAAGAAAACACGGAAACAAGAUAAUACUUUGCCCACUGAUCAAGGAGAAUCCGAAUUGAAACAACUUGCUUUGAAAACUAGGGAUGUACCACUUUCUGAACUAGCAAUUAAUAUUAAACAAUUGGAAAAUGAAACUAUCAAUAUGGUUCCUCAAGCUGGAACAAAUGAACAAUUCAAAGCUAAAGAAAAUAAAGAAAGACAACGUCAGUUGUUUGGGAUGGUAUGGCUAUUAAAUGCGUGUGAUGCUUCUCCGACUGCUGUUGUUCCACGUAAUAGAAUCUAUGCGAGAUAUGUUCAAAUUUGUGCCGAUAAUGGCUUAUCUCCAUUGUCACCUGCUAGUUUUGGAAAGUUGGUUAGAAUAUUAUUUCCAAACUUGACAACUCGAAGAUUGGGGAUGAGAGGUCAAUCCAAAUAUCAUUAUUGUGGGAUCAAAUUAAAUGGUGAUCAAAAUAUUCAGCUGUUAACACAACUGCAUGAGCAACAUCAACUGCAGUAUCAACAACAACAAUUGCUAAGUGGAUUCACAAAUCAACAAGUUCAUUCACCAAUAUCUUCAACAAACUCAUCGAUUUCAUUUGAUGAUUCGCCUGUAUCAGCAUCUGAUAUACAUACUCCAUCGUAUACCCCGAUUAACUCGCCAUCUAUAAUAACUCCAACCAUUUCAGAUCAAUUGCCACUGAUAUCGCAUAUGAAGUAUAUUCCAAAUCUAUUUAAAUUGUUGAACAGUAAUGCAGCAUCAAGCUCGGAUCCAUAUACAGCAAUACAGCUUCCCUCGAUAUAUCCAUAUUUACCAAGAGACACUGACUACGAUAUUGCCGAUACUUUGCAUUCCUUAUAUAAAGUGCAUGUAAAUGCAAUUUUUGAAUCACUUAGAUUUAUGCAAUUGAAAAAGCUUCUUGCUAGCUUUAAUAAUUUUAAUAGUAUCUUAACUGCACCUGUGUUUAAACUUUACACUAAUGAAUGCAUAAUUGAGUGGGUAAAACAAUGUGAUUUGCUCAUGUAUAAGAAAAUGAUUCGUAUGUUAAACAAAUUACAAUUACAAUUUAUGAUACCCGAUGAACAAUUACGACAAUUAAAGCAAAUUUCAAAUGGAUAUAUCAAAACUUUAUCUACAACUUUAAUGAAUUCAAAGGUUUCCAAAAAUUUUGUAAUCAUGAAAUUGAAAUUGGCUAAACAUUUUGUGAAUUUAUUAAAUAGAUUAAUUAAGGUAAUUGAAACUGGUCAACCAGCAUCGAGAAUCUUAAAUGAUCCCACAGAAAAGCAAUCCAUGCUUCAAGACUGGUCAAAGUUAGAUAUUCAUGAGUUGAUAAGUCGCGAACUUCCAUGUAGCGAAAGAAAUAUUGAAAUUUUGGCGUCCAUUUUAAAUUCUGAGAUUGUUGAGAUGAUAAAUGAAAAGAAAGAAAACACAGGACCAACAAUGUUCGACUUCGCUGACUAUGUCACCAAUCUCCCUGGAAGGUUUCCUGAAAUUAAUUCUCGGUUAUUUAUUUUAUUAGCAUCUAAUUUAUUAACAGCUUGUUUAAGAGAGAUUAGUUUGUCAGGUGGUGAAGGUUUUGGAGCUUGGUGGAUAGUUAGAUGUUGGGUAGAUGAGUAUCUAGCAUGGACGGUUGAAUUGGGUGGGUUUUUUCAGGAUGAUUUCAAGUCAAUGGAGCCAGAAGGUUUACACAUCGAACGUCGUUCUGAUGAUAUUCCUCAGCAAGGCUCUCCCACUCAGCCUCCGUUUCAAUCAUUUCAUAAUGAUAUGUCAAAGAUUUCUGAACAAAGUGAACCAAAUAGAAGUACAAAUAAUAUUACUAACAUGUCGGGAUUCGAUAAUUCAUUAGGUGCCAUUGAUUUAUUGGAUACUUCAUUAGAUUUUGACUCGCGUGACCCUCCGUUGGGAAUAACCAUGAAUACUCAGCAAUCUACAGAAGGGUUAUUACACUAUGAAAAUCACGUUAGCCAUAUCUCAAAUCAAUAG